GCGAGCGCGGCGGUAUUGUUCGUGAGUGAGUGCGGCCGCGAGGAGCAAGCGCUACGGGACCUUCACGAGGAGGUGCAGCGCGGAUUCGCGCUGGACGCCCUUGGAAUAUCAGGUAAGCCGCGACAGAACGUGGAUGACGUGCGGGCCGUCGAACAGCUGGAGCGCACCGCUCGUCUCGUCGACGGGCGCUGGCAAGUAGGCUUGCCCUGGAAGGACCCCAACUGUACGAUGCCGGACUCAUUCCCGAGCGCUCUGAAUAGGCUUAAAGGCAUCGAGAGGAAAAUGAGUCGAGAUCCUGGUUAUUCUAAAAGGUACUCCGAACGCGUGGAUCAUUUAUUAAAUAAUGAUUUCGCCACAGAACUGAAGGAAACUCAACGUACUCAAAGGACGUGGUACUUACCACAUUUCGGCGUUGACAACGUAAACAAAAAACGCUUGCGUCUGGUCUUUGAUGCUGCGGCCACAUCGGAAGGGUUGUGCCUAAAUGAUUACCUGUUAAAAGGUCCGGAUUUACUUAACUCUUUACUAGGUAUUAUGUUACGCUUUCGCGAACACAGCGUAGGCGUAACCGGCGAUAUAAAAGACAUGUUCUUACGCGUUAAGAUUCAACCCCAGGACCAGGACGCCCUACGCUUCUUGUGGAGAAGCAGGCCUACGGAACCAGUUAAGACAUACGUUAUGACUAGUUUAAUAUUUGGAGCAAAUUGCGCACCCUUUGUUGCACAAUUUAUAAAAAAUAAAAAUGCUUCGCGAUAUGAGUCAUCUAUGCCCGCCGCGGUCGACGCGAUCGUAAAUUCACAUUAUGUCGAUGACUAUAUACAGAGCCUCCCUGACGAAGAUACAGCUAUCCAAAUGGUUAAAAAUGUCACUGACAUACACAAAGCGGGUGGUUUCCAGUUAUGCAACUUGACAAGUAAUAGCAUCGCUGUUCUCGAUAGCAUUCCAAAAGAGACUUUAGGCACAGUUGCGGUAAAGUUCAAAGUCGGCCAGCAGUUCCAAGGCGAGCGGGCGCUUGGGCUUCUAUGGUUCCCAGGUAAGGAUGAAUUAGGUUUCGACGUCUCGCUUAAACGCAUCCCUGAUAGUAUAAUUCGACAUAAACAAAGGCCGUCAAAACGUAUUAUGUUACGCGUUAUUAUGUCGAUAUUUGAUGUAUUCGGGUUUUUAUCGCCUUUUACAGUACAGGGUCGAAUUAUGCUUCAGGACACGUGGCGUCUGAAUAUUUCUUGGGAUGAUGACAUUCCUGAUGGUAUUUAUAAAAAGUGGUGCGAAUGGAUCGAACUACUCAAGGUAGUUGAUAAGAUUCGCAUACCUAGAUGGUACCAACGCAGCGCAGGGAGUGGGAGCGCGAAGGAGAAUGCAUCUGCCGUCGCGGUCUGCCGCGUAGAUGGUCUACGCUGUCCCGCUACGAACGUUGUGACGCAAGCGAGUGCCUGCGCUGCGUCCGGCAUCAGUGCUACGGGUGCUACGCCGCCACAGGUGAUACAAAAUAAUAUUACAACUACUACUGAUGGUUAUACAAACCUAUCGUUACAUAUUUUUAGCGAUGCAUCUACUAAGGCAAUGAGUGCGGUGGCUUAUUUUCGCUGGAUAAAGGAUGACGAAAUAUACGUCGCAUUUGUAGCCAGUAAGUGUCGCGUCGCGCCGGUUAAACCCUUGACGGUGCCUCGUGCUGAGCUCCAGGCGGCAUUGCUGGCUGCACGUUUGGCGGACACCAUAAGAAGAGAACAUAAGUUAUCCGCCGCGCGCCGUUAUUUCUGGUGCGACUCGUCUACCGUGUUGCACUGGCUAAAUAAUAAUACGCGCGUCUACAAAGCAUACGAGGCGAACCGGUUGGGUGAGAUCGAUAGCCUUACGAAUAUAUCGGAGUGGCGUUAUGUGCCUACAAAAUUAAAUAUCGCCGAUAUUGCGACUAGAGAGGUUUUCAAUUACGAAUCUUUUAUGAAUGAGUGGUUUAAGGGUCCCCAGUUUUUGUACUCACACGAAAGGUCCUGGCCGCUUAACCUUUUUGAACCUGAGGCAAUCGAGGUAUUUUCUGGGCACGUCACUGUAAACACACAAGAAAAUAUGUCGUGUAACUUACCCAUUCCAGAUCCGGAACGAUUUUCUUCUUGGCUUCGGCUACUUAGGUCAACGGCUGCUGUACUUAAGUUCAUACUUAAAUGUAAGAAACUUACCCAUGACGACUGCUCAUUGAUGGCCCGGGCGGAGCUGUUGAUUUUAAAGCAGGCACAGAUGGACUCCUUUGCCAAUGAGAUCGCCGAUAUAAAAAAUGGUAAGAACAUGCAACGCGAUAGUAGGUUGUUGACAUUGACUCCAUAUUUAGGUGACGAAGGUCUAUUGUACGUUGGUGGUCGCAUUGACGCCGCGCAGGAUGUGCCGCUGGCGACAAAGAGGCCCAUCAUCCUUGACGGACGGCAUCCGGUGGCGCGACUCCUGGUGCGCCAUCAGCACGUCAAGGCCGCGCACGGGAACCAGGAGGCAGUAGUCAACGACCUCAAACAAAAAUAUUGGUUGUUGAGAUUGCGUCCAACCGUUAAAUAUGUUGCAUCACGUUGCAUGCUGUGUAGAUUGAGAAAGGCUAAGCCGCUGAUUCCACGAAUGGGUGAUUUGCCGGCAGCACGUUUAGCUCAUCAUCAGCGCUGUUUUUCAUUUUGUGGAUUAGAUUUGUUUGGUCCAAUGGAGGUAGUGGUCGGCAGACGCCGUGAGAAACGCUAUGGCGUUCUCUUUACUUGCCUUACUGUUCGGGCGAUACAUAUUGAGGUCGUGCAUUCUCUUACCACUGACUCGCUGAUAUUAGCCCUUCGAAGAAUGGCAUCUAGGCGUGGGUGGCCUAGUAAUUUUUUUUCGGAUAAUGGCACAAACCUUCGGGGAGCUAACACCGAACUAAAAAACGCCAUUAAGGAAAUAAAUAAUGAGGACUUAAAAAAAGAGGCGGCCAACAAUCGCGCCCAGUGGACGUUUGUUCCUCCUAGGACUCCUCAUUGGGGUGGCGCUUGGGAACGCCUAAUUCGGACGGUAAAGGUAUCGCUUGGCGUCAUCCUUAAGGAACGCGCCCCAAAAGAUGAAGUUUUAUUGACUUUGCUGGCCGAAGUGGAGAAUAUGGUCAACGGUCGGCCUUUGACACACGUGUCAGUCGAACCUGGUAGUUCUGAGUCAAUUACCCCUAACCAUUUUCUAUUGGGCUCCUCUGCGAAUUUACCUAUAGCUGGAGAGUUUGACGAUUCCGAUCUGUACCUAAGGAAAAAGUGGCGGACUGCGCAAAGGCUCGCCGAUAUGUAUUGGCGCCGUUGGCUGAAGGAGUUUCUGCCCUUGCUGUUACCUCGUAAGAAGUGGCAGCAGGAUCAGAGACCCCUGCGCGAGGGUGACCUCGUUUUGAUAGUGGAUCCUGAUUCGCCACGAAACGUGUGGCCACGAGGUAUUGUAAAAACUGUCUUUCCAGGUCGAGAUGGACGAGUCAGAGUCGUCGAGGUUACCACUCAAAGAGGAGUGCUGCGCCGGUCCGCGGCACGCGUCGCUCCUGUGCCUAUUGUAGAAUAGUGCUUCGCACUAGGGGUGGGCUAUGUUAGCGACGCGCUCACAAAUAUUGUUAAAACCAAAUGUAUCUGUAUAACUAUAUAUAAAAUUGCAUAGGCAAAUUGCUACCUAAGUAAAACAUCAUUGCGCCCCACCAGUCUGCAUGCAUCCUCGGACGGGGCCGCACGUAGUCGUGCAAAAAUGUAUCACGUGAUAUUCGGUUAUAUAUGUUGUUUUCUGGACUUUUUUUGAGUUUAUAUCUGGCGUGUUUUCUUGCUAUUAAAAGUGUAUUAAAAUCCGUGGUUUUCUUCGACACCAGGACCUCACCCUAA